AUGAGAGCAGUUCGUUUCCACGGACGCGGCGAUAUCCGUGUAGACCAGAUCGAGGAGCCUGUUUGUGGUAAUGGUCAAGUCAAGAUCAAACCUGCCUUUGCUGGGAUCUGUGGUAGUGACCUCCACGAAUACCUCAUCGGUCCAACGACUAUCCCGGUCACUCCCCACCCCAUAACAGGCGCCAUGCUUCCUGUCACGCUCGGUCAUGAAUUCAGUGGAGUAGUCGAGGACAUAGGCGCAUCCGUGACGCGGGUGAAGGUUGGAGAUCGAGUAGUCGUCAAACCGAAUCUGUACGAUGAGACGUGUCCGUCUUGUCGGGUGGGAAGGAUGAAUAGUUGUCGGAAUCUUGGAUUUAUUGGAUAUAGUAGUAAUGCGGGUGGUAUGUCGGAUUUUGUGGUCGUUCAAGAGAGAAAUACCAUCCCAUUACCGGAUUCAUUUCCUCUCGAUAUUGGUGCCCUCGUCGAGCCCCUCACCGUCGCCUGGCACGCAGUUAAACGUACCCCAAUCCAAAACAUCACCACCACCACAGCCCUAAUCACCGGAGGUGGUCCCAUCGGCCUAGCAAUCGUCCAAGUCCUCAAAUCCCAAGGCAUCCCAACGAUAAUCGUCAGCGAAGUCUCAGCACAGCGUCGCGCCUUUGCCAAAACACUCGGUGCCACUCACGUUUUUGACCCGAUUACCGACAACAUCGUGGAUAAAGUAUGUGAAAUGACAGACGAUGCAGGCGCGGAUAUCGCCUUUGAGUGUUCCGGUGUGCAGGCGGGCAUUGAUGCCGCCAUAGCUGGUAUUUGCGUACGAGGGACGGUGACGAUUGUGUCGCUGUGGGAGGUAAAACCGGUUAUUGAUGCGUUUGAGGUGGUAUUGUAUGAGAAGCAUGUCAUCGGGGCAGCUAUUCAUGACUAUGGGGAAUUCGAGGCUGUUAUUGAAGCCAUUUUGUCGGGUAAGCUCGAUCCAAGACCGAUGAUUACUAGUAAGAUUCGGAUGGAAGAUGUCGAGGAAAAGGGGUUCAAAGCGUUGAUCAAUGAAAAGGAUAAGCAUGUCAAGAUUUUGAUUGACAUUGCUGGUAAAUAG